AAAUCUGUGCUCAUCAGGUUAAUGAUUUGCUUGUUAUCUGGUAUACUUAGUACUUGAGCGUGGAGUUUGGAGUCUGCCCUCCCCUCUGAUAAAACAUAAUAGGUGAAGCGUGGACUUUCUUUGCCUCUUUUUGGCCCUUUCGUGCCGCCUCACUCACACUCAAGACACUUGUGUGUCAUUUUCAUUCAUUUGCCUGCAGGGAAGAACACACAAUGUUACCUCUUGCUGUGUUCUUGCUUUGUGCAGCCUCGUGUGUCGCGACGCCUGCCAGUGGACCCCGGCUGAAUAACAACCAGCUGUACAAAUUCAGCUACACCACUGAGAUGCUGGUGGACAGGGCCCGGAGGUCAAAAGAGGGCAGUGCCGGUUACAAGAUCUCCAGCGAUGUGGACGUCUAUCUGGUGUGGAGAGAUCCGAGCAACAAGGAUGAGCAGUUGAUCCAACUGAAGAUCUCUAAUGUGAGAGCUGACCCAGUGUCUCAUCGAUCCGAGAAGAAGAAUAUCCUCCACGGAACCAGCAUUGAAACUGUUCUUGGCAAAACCAGACUGGCAGCCCUGACAAAGCCUUUCUUUCUGCACCUGAGAAAUGGAAAGGUUAAAGCGUUUUAUUCCUACUGGGCGGAGCCAGCCAUCAUCAAAAACCUUAAAAGAGGGGUGUCCAGUUUAUUGCAGCUGCAGCUCAGUACGGGAAAAGUUAUUGAGAAUGAUGUGUCUGGAAGGUGCACAGUUGCAUACAAGGCGGAAAACAACCAAGUGACAAGGACCAAGUUCAUGGAGUCAUGUAAAACUGCAGAGACUGGAUUCACCACACACAGCCAGGUUUUGGGUGUGACCCGGAAGUCUAGCUCCAUCACGGUGUUCACGCUUGAAGAGGGUUUCAUCCGCUCGGCUGUGGCUGAAGAAAAACACUCGCUGGUUGUCAACGCCCACCGGUCUUCAGCUGCAGAAGUUGUGUCCAGGCAAAGCUUCACACUGGUGGGGACAGAAGCUGGACCCCUGGAGACUGCUGGAAAGGAUGCGGCCGCGGUUGUCAAGUCCAUCGAUGCCAAGCUGGCAGCUGUCGGUAUCAAAGCGGGGAACAUCAAAGCUCAGUGCAAGACUUGUCCAUCACUCUUUGAACACUGGCAAGCGCUACAGAAGAAAUUGGAGCCGGGCAGCUUGUCCAAGGCCUCGGCCCCUCGCAGCUUCUUGGCUCUCAUCCAGAGCAUCAGGAAGGCAUCCAAAGACGAUAUCCUCAAAGUGCUGAAGAGCGCCAGCAAGACAUCUCUUCCUCAGGUGGUGGAUGCUGUCACUUCCUCGCAAACUACAGCAUCUUUGGAUGCCAUGCUUGAAUUCCUUAACUUCACAGAUGCCAAAGGUAUGGUUCUGCAGGAGCGGUUUCUUUAUGCCUGUGGAUUUGCCUCACAUCCUAACGAGAGGAUGCUCCAGACACUGCUGGACAUUUCUAAAGGAAAGAUUGCCAGCCCUGACAUCAAGGAGUCAGUGGUAAUCAUUAUGGGGGCCCUCGUCCACAAACUGUGUCAGAGAGGAGGAUGUAACUUACCGACAGUCGUUGAGGUCAAGAAGAUGAUUCUGGAGGGGCCAGACAGCACACAAGAAGAGUCCGAGGUCCAGAUGUUCCUCCUGGCUCUGAAAAACUCCCUGCUCCCUGAGGCUGUUCCCAUCUUCACCAAGUACACUGAGUCAGAAGUGGGCGCGUACAGCACCAUCGCCCUCACCAGCCUGCAGAGAUACGACGUCACCCUCAUAACUGAUGAGGUAAAACAGACGGUGAACAGAAUUUACCACCAGAAUCGACGGGUUUAUGAGAAAAACGUGCGCGCUGCCGCUGCAGAUGUCAUCCUCAGCAGCAACCCAUCGUACAUGGAGGUCAAGAAUCUCCUGUUGUCCAUUGGACACCUGCCUCAUGAGAUGAACAAGUACAUGUUGUCUAAGAUUCAGGACAUCCUCCGCUUCCACAUGCCUGCUAGCAAAGCUUUGAGACAAGUUAUGCGGGAUACGAUUUCACACAACUAUGACAGAUUUUCAAAAUUUGGGUCAUCGUCUGCAUACUCAGGAUUCAUGGCGAAAUCUGUUGAUGUCACGUCCACAUACAGUUUGGACAUUUUGUACUCGGGCUCUGGAAUCCUGAGAAGAAGCAACAUGAACAUUUACGGUACUAGUAAAGGAGCAAUGCUACAUGGACUGCAGGUGGCGAUCGAGGCUCAGGGUUUGGAGUCGCUCAUCGCCGCCACACCGGAUGAGGGCGAGGGAGACUUGGAGUCAUUCGCCGGGAUGUCGGCUCUGCUGUUCGAUGUCCAACUACGACCUGUCACCUUCUUCAGGGGUUAUAGCGACCUCAUGUCCAAAAUGUUUUCCAUGACUGGGGAACCCAUGAAUGUGGUGAAGGGUCUCAUUCUGCUGACUGAUCAUUCUGAGGUCAUUCAGCUACAGUCUGGUCUGAAGGCAAGUGCGGAGUUCCAAGGAGGGUUAGCCAUCGACAUCUCUGGUGGCAUGGAGAUCAGUUUGUGGUACAGGGAGUCCAAAACCAGCGUCAAUAACAGGGGAGCGUUAGUGGUGACUGGUAACGUUACAGUCGACAUGGACUUCAUGAGUGCCGGUUUGGAGGUCAGCUUUGAAACAGAGGCCUCCCUCGACUUCAUCACGACUGUCCAAUUCUCUGAGUAUCCUUUCCUGGUCUGUAUGCAGAUGGACAAAACCACCUUUCCUGUCAGCGAGUCCAUGAAGAAGCACGAGAGCCUGUCGUCAGGGAAGAGCGUCGUGUGGCAAAAGAGCAGGAAGCUGCUCAUCCCCGGCUCUGAAUUCCCGCUCCACCAGGAAAACUCAAACAUGUGCAAGAAGGUCUUUGACUCCAGCUCAUAGAGGAGACACCACUAACUCCCAGGAGGAAGCUUUCACGUUUGGGGCAUUUUAUAUUUCCCCUCUGUGAGGUUUUGGUGCAUUUCAGCAAGUAUACAUCACACCUCAGUAUCACGCAGUGAAACAUCCAAAGAGACAAAUGUGGUGAAUGUGUUUUUUGUUUUUGUUUUUUUUUAACAACAUAUGCAAUGUUUACAUUCCUGUGAGUAUUUAAUUUGACAUUGUGUUUGAAAUUGGGACUUCUUGUAAUGUCUUGUUAUGGCUUUAUUUAAAAAUAUAUUUAUGUUGGGCACAAAACAGUACAGUAUAAAAAGGGGUUUGAUAUGUAAUUUUCAGGAAACAAAGGCCAUACAACAUCCCCGCCAAAACAUUAUUUUAUUAAAUGUAUUUACUAAGAAGGUGCCACUUCUGUCACCUGUUCACACUUUAGUAUGGACACACUAAGUGGUAAUAUUACAUUAUGAACUAUUAUGUUGUUUUACACUGUACCUAUAAGAUCUGGGGUGAAAGAAAUCAGCAAAAUUAAACUAUCAACAUUUUAAUAAUGUUUUUGUAUAAUUGUUUUGUCAAUAUUUGUUGAGCGAUUAUGACCUUAUUGUCUUCUUUAGAGAUCACUUUGUUUUUAAAAAUAAUUGGAUGGAAAUAAACACACAAGCGAC